GCGCGAGAAAGGUCGUGGAGUGGAGAGUGAUUCAAAAAGCCCGGGAACGUCGAUCGAACUUUUUUGAAUUUAACUUUUUUAUUUCUCGAAGUGGCAAAAGACAAACUUUUUUAAUUUAGAGAAUAAUUUAACAUUUUAAGUUUUGCUUCUAAAGUUAACUUUCUCGGUAAAUUUGUUAAGAGGAAGAUAAGAAGUGACGCGGUUUCUUUUAGAAGUGAUUAAUGAGUUUAUAAGAUCAGUCUAAAAUAAACUAUGUGCGUACAGAGUGUUCUGAGAGUUUUUAAUUAGCAGAUAAUGUGAACUCUACGGCUGAUAAAGAGAAUAUUCUCCAGUCUAGAUAUUCUGUUGAUGGCGGAGUUAGUUUGAUGACGUCAUAAUGGCGACCCGGCGGAAGACGAGCGGCAAGUUGAGAAGAUGGCGGAAAAGCGUUUUCCUCUUCACUGCGCUGACACUCUCGUUCGCGCGCUCGCAAGAUAUCUCGUCCUGCUGCGCCAAAGCCUCCGGGACAUGCCGCAGUGUGUGCGAAAAGAUGUCAUUAGUGGAAACUGGAUCUGACUCGGCCUCGCACGAGGAGAGGAAUAGGAACAUUAUUAAAUUCUGUUCCCCGCAUUUGAUGGAGUUUUGGAUAUGCAUGAACCAGACGAUUCAAGAGGUAGUAUCAAGUUCAGGCUGGUGGGGUCGUGCUUGCUGCGCGCUAGCUCACUCCACGCGGUGCCGGCUGGCGUGCGCGACGGCCGCGGACGCGCGCGCGCUCGACACCUGCCGCCGCUCCGACGAGAUCGCCUUCUUCGACUGCGUCAACCACCAGCAGGAGGCGCAGUGGUGCUGCUCGCAGACCCAAUCCCUGAGUUGUCACGAGGCGUGCCAGCGCGCGGUGUGGCGUGGUACGCGUGACGUCACGGCUCGGGAACGCGCCGCCGAGCUGUGCGAGCAGUCCGCACCGCUGCUGCACUGUCUCCGUCAACUGACAGCAUCUACGGUGCACACGGACACGUCCAAGUAUCUACCCUGCUGCCAUGAAUCUCCCUCACAAGAAUGCCAGAGCACCUGCGAGAACGUACUCCGACGGACAGGAGAGUCUCAGGAGAUAGCCGAAGCCCUAUCGCAGGAGUGCGGAGCCCCCGCCAUACACGACAACAUGUGGCAGUGCUUCCUGAGGAAGGACGCGCCGGCCGAUACGAAGGAUGUCAUACCGUAUGACAUCGCGAAACUGCAUUGUUGUCAGAAGGGCACAACCAUCAACUGCCGUCGGCUCUGCUUCGACACCUACAACACGAGCUGGCAGGCGAACUGGCAGACAUUCUACGCCGACUGCAUGAGCAACCCUCAAGAGGUGGAGCUGGCCCAGUGUAUCGAGGAGGUGGAGGCACCAUGCUCUCUCGGCUGUGGAGGGUUGACAUACUGCAGCCAGUUAAAUAACAGGCCGACAAGUCUGUUCCGGUCGUGUUCGGCGCAAGCGGACUUGGACGCGCAUUUGGCGGUGGCGGAGCAGAAGGUUAACGGAUUCGUGACUGUAGCAGGGAUGAAGCUGCCGCUCAAGAACUCCUCACAAUGCACUACAGAUGUAUGGAAGAGCGUCGCGUGCGCGUUGCACGUCAAACCCUGUACAGCACAUAGACACAGCAGCCUGCUCUGCGCUGAAGAAUGUAGGCGGCUGGUGGUAUCGUGCGUGGAGUGGUCUCGUGCUGCCCUGUCCGCGACGGCGUUGUGCGCGCGCCUCGUACCGCCAGACCCUACCGCACCGUGUCUGUCCCUACACGAUCUUAUGAAGGCCAGUACGGAACCGCCGCUGCUGUCAGCUGACGAGCUGGUGACGUCGCCGUGUGCGGGCGCGCCGUGCAACACCACGCAGGUCUGCGUCGUCAACCGCAGCUGCCUGCGUGGCGGUGGUUGCGCGCGGUAUACCUGUGUGGAUGGUUGUCCUCUUGGAGACGGCAGCAACUACGUGGUCCCCAUAGGGUCGUGGGUUCGAGUGCCGAUGCCGUGCGCGUCGCAGCGCGCGUGCGUGAAGGUGUGCGCGUGCGGCGCGCGCGGCCUGGCGCGCUGUCAGCCGCUGCCGCCCGUCGCGCUAGACAACUGCCGGCUGCACGAUAAUAUUGUUAAACAUGGGGUGAAGUACUUCAUAGAGUGUAACGCGUGCGCGUGCGUGGCGGGCGAGCGCGUGUGCGCGCGGCGGGCGUGCGUGCGCGCGAGUGGGUCCGCGCUGCUCACGCGGCUUCCGUGCAACUGCCCGCCACAUCAUCUGCCCGUGCGCGCGACUAAUACUCUGUUUCCGAACGCGUGUCUCGCUAAAUGCGCGGGCGCAACGGACGCGGAGCUGCAGUUCGGUGACAGCGUGUGCGGCGCGGGCGCGUGCGGGCGUGGCGCCGUGUGCCUGCCCGCGCGCUCCGUCUGCCUGUCGCGACUGCAGGCCGACUGCCCGCAGCAUGUGUGUGUGGACACAGCCUCAUGCGGCCGGCAGCCGCACUCGUCGGUGUGCGAUACCGACGGCCGCACACACUCCAACCCCUGCCACCUCAUCAUGAGUGGCAGCAAGCUCGCCUACUGGGGACCAUGUCUCCGGGGAUGCUCUUCGAAGACAACAGUAUGCGGAGUAAACGGAGUGACUUACACAUCAGAAUGUGCUGCCUGGGCUGAAUUCGUCAGCGUGGACUACAUCGGUCCGUGUUACGCAGUCGGACCAAUUUCCGACACGAUGGAACCAAAGUGCACCUUCGACAGAAUAGUCUGUCCGCCUCUGAAGAGAAAGGGAUGUCUCGGAUUCACAGCCCCAGGAGCUUGCUGUCCAAAAUGUGGCGGUGCCCUGAGAAUCCUCUAUUCGAAGAAACAAAUCGAUAGGGCCUUAUACGGUACCAACAUUUCAGCGAGCGUUAUAAAUCUACACAAUGUGUUGUUGGCUCUGGAAAGGCACGUAAAAAUAGCAGAGUGUGCACUGAGAGGAUAUCUGACAAUAGAAAUGGAGAUUUUCGUGUCGGUGGAGUCCAUCGUCAAUAAUCCAACGGAGUUGCAAUUGAAGGUGUGCGUAUUGGAGGCUGAGAAAAUUGCUGAUCUCAUAAAUAGGGAGAGUUCUUUGAUAAGUACUGAUUUAGGGCUAAGUGCCCUGUCUUACGCGCUGUUGGUUCAUACUCAUCCUACCCAGGGUGCUCAGACUUGGACAGUUUCAGCGUUCUUAUUGAUAUCGUGUUUGCUCGCGAGUGUGGUCAGAUAGUGGUGUUGUAAAUACUGUUGUAAAUAUUUUGUAAAUAAGCAAUUAUGUAUACCAAAUAUAUCGUAGGAUUGUAAUUUGACGCUUUUGUCCAAACUGAUUGGAUGUUAGAUUUUAAAUUUUUGGACACUCUGUAAGAAAGACUUACCAAUAAGCCUCCCUAGGUUAUUUAUAAAACUUAUUGCAUUUUACUAUUGUGUAAAAGUUUUUGAUUGUGGAAUAGUUGUGAAAAGCUGUUACCAGGUGUCCAAAAAUGUGUAUACUCAAUUUUUCAAUUGACGUUGUUCAUAUUAAAUAACCGUGAGUUUCGUGCCAUUUUUGAUAUUACCAAUAAGACAUCACAAAAGACGUACCUAUCAGUAAGUUUUAUACCAAAUAUGUUAUUGUUAUGUUGUUGAGAGCGAGAUUUCCAAAUAUUUUUACUGAGUAUGUUUAUGUGCUAUGAAUUAAAAGUUAUAUACCA